AAACAGUUCAACUACGCCACGCCUCAUGAUAUGCGUUAUCAAUCUUAUCAACGCUACCUAAUGGCCUUGCUGAAAUCGGAAAGUUGACUGUUCAAUUCUGAAGGUUUUUGUGUAAUACUGAAUAAUGGCAGAUUGGGAAGAAAUUAAACGUUUGGCGGCUGAUUUUCAGAAAGUUCAGUUGAGUACUUCUUCACAAAGAUUAUCAGAAAGAAACUGUAUAGAAAUAGUGUCGUGGUUAAUAAGGAGUAAAAAGAUAGAUCUUAUAUUUACAACUGAUGGAAAAGAAUACUUGACUUCUUCUCAAUUAAUACAAGAUAUUAAGUCAGAACUAUAUGUUAAUGGUGGUAGAGUUAAUUUAGUAGAGCUAGCUAAAUCAAUAGGAGUUGAUUUAAGUCAUAUCACAGCUUAUGUGCCUGAUGUAAUUAAAAGUCAAAGAAAUGUACAUUCUGUACUUGGACAGUUGAUCGAUGGAUCCUAUAUUUUAAAAAUAGCAGGAGAAAUUAAUGAAAAGCUUCAACAGUUGGGUCAAAUAAAUGUAUCUGAUCUGACAAUACAAUAUGAUCUUCCAUCAGACUUUUUGCAAAGUCAAGUUUUGGGAAAACAUCUUGGAAAAAUUAUUCAUGGAAAACAGGAUAAAAAUGACCCUAAAGUUUAUUUUACUGAAUCAUUUAUUGCAAGGAGUGUUGCUAAAAUUAGAGGAGCUCUAAAUGGCCUUACUCAACCUACUUCUGUUUCUGCCAUAUUAAAUCAAAUUGAUAUACAUGAAAAAUUAUUUUUUACAUUAUUUGAGCAAAGUUGUCCAAUGGGUUUUCUGACAAAUAAGUUACCAGGAGCUCAGUACAUACCCAAUAUAUAUUCUAAAAGCCAGAAUGAAUGGGUCAGCAAUUUUUAUAAACAAAACGGUUACUUGGAAUAUGAUGCGUUAACAAGGCUUGGCAUAUCUGAUUACAAAACCUAUUUGAAAAAUAAGAUUUCUCAUGAGGAAGUAAUUUAUUUGAAGACAUGCGUGGUUUCAAAAAAUAUUUUGGAGCGUAUAGAAGCUGACAUAGACGAAUGUAUUUCAAGCAAGUCAUACUUAGAUAUUCAAAAUAAUCUUCCUUCAGUAUUUUCUGAAAAAGAUAUUGAAAUGAUACUCGAUUCAGUCUUAACAUCUCAUAAGCAAAAACAAGUGCUAGUAAUGGAUGAAUUUAUUGUAAGCAAGGCAUUUGUUGAUUCUCUUAUAGAAUUAUGUCAAAAGCUUCUCAAAGAAAAAGCAAAACAUUUUGUAGAUUCAGAAAAGUAUAUAGCAUAUAAAACAGAUAUUUUAUUGUCUGCAAGUAAACAACAAAAAGCAAAAUUUGAGGUAGAAGAUAUUAAAGCUGACAGUAAACGAGAAGAACGACGGAAAAAAGCAUCAGGGGGUAAAUCCGGAGGUGGAACGCAAGGUCGUGAAACUAAAACUAAGUCCACAAAGAAAUUUAGUCGUUCUUCCAAGCUUUCAUACGAUUCUGACGAACCAGAAGAUAAGAAAAAACCAGAAAUUGUUAAUUAUAACGAAAUACAAAAAAUUGUUCAACGAAGACUCGAGGAAGAAGGUCUAGAAAACCUAAUUGAUCCUUUAGUCUCUUAUAUGUUACCUAUUGUUAAUGAAAAAGCUUAUGAGAUUGCAGAAAACAUUUAUACAGCUUUGGUUGCUGACAGAAAUGUCCAUAAACGCAAAUCGCACAACGAAGUUCAAGAAAAAAUUAAUGUCUUAGUAAAUGAUAUUCGUCUUUUUGAAAAGGGUCUUAAAUUAUUUCCCACAGAUGCUCAAAAUAACCUUACGAAAUAUCUUCUUAAAUCCCACUGCACAGAGGUGAUCAACGAAGUUUUGGCUUAUGUUGCAGCUGAACAUAAUUUAAACAUGUUAAACGUUUCUACACACGAACAAAGAGUCAAAUUCGUUAGCGAACUUCCUAGUGAUUAUAAGUCUUCCCUAACGAACCUUUUGAAAACUGUAACGGGACAAAGUGUAGAAGAUUUUUUGAACAAUUUAGAUGAAGUACUAGGGUCUUGCAGCAUGAUUUUGAAGAAAGUUGACAAAAAGAAAGAUAGAAUUUUAGUUUUGAAUCAUAAACAUGCGUUGGAAGAAGCACUGGAGACUUGUGAAGAUCCUGCAGAAGUUUUACUUCUAGCAGUGCAACUUAUUUUCGUAGGAGCUUCACAAAAUAUGUUGCAUGCUAGCGGAAGACACGUUUCUGCAGUUUUGCAGUUCCUCAAGCAACAUUUAACUCCCGAGCAGAGCAAAGAGCUAAGUGCUUACUGUGAUUUAGUAACAUUGGUACUCAACAAAAGUUCAGAAACUGAAACAGUUCUUGAACAGCUAAGAAAUAAGAUGACCACGAUAAAGGCUAUUGCAUUGGGAUACAAAAAGACAAGUGAAAAGUAGAUUAUAAAUAAAGUGCAACAUCUUAAGGAUAAUUCGGUUUUGUAAGUAAAUAAGUGCUAAUUUAUGAAGUGUAAUGCACAGAAUCUUUUGUUGAUUUGUUACAUAAAUAAUUUAAUAAAGGCAAAAGGAAAUA